AUGAGGAGCCUCCGUUCUUUCGCGACUUCGCGCUGGAGCCGCGACGCUUCGGCGCGGCGGGCGUCUCUCUCGCGCGCAGCCGUCCACCGUGCUCCGUCUGCUUCCCCGUCGUCUCUCUGUCCUUCGCUUCGUAUGUCUCCUCUCUCCGCCGCGUUGUCGGCGCGAGAGUCUCUCGGGGCUGUUCUCGGCUCGUGCGCGUCCUCGCGGCUCCUCGCUUGCGGGUUCUCCUCCGCGCGCACGGCGUCCCCGUCUCUGAGUGGUGCGCCACUAGCAUCCGAGUCUUUUCUCACGGGAACGAGCGCAGCUUACGUUGAACAAAUGUAUCUCUCCUGGAAGAAGGACCCGACUUCUGUGCAUGCAUCUUGGAACGCGUACUUCACCAACGUCGCGAACGACUUGCCGGCCGGUGCCUCGUUCUGUCUCCCGCCCGGCGGCUCCGCUUCGGGCGCGUUGGGCUCCACCAUCAGAGGCGCCGCGGCGCGGGCGGCCACGCCGUACAUCUCGACGGCGCCAGGGUCGCUGCCGGCGGGCGCGUCGUUUGUGACGCCGGAGUCGCUCCCUGUCUCCUCGCAGCAGAGUGUGCACGACACCAGUCGUUUGAUCCAGAUGAUUCGCGGCUACCAGAUGCGGGGUCACGAACUCGCGGCGGUGAAUCCGCUGAGUCUUCCGCAGGAGACGCCUUUCGUCUCUCGGGCCCGCGGCCAGUCGCCUGCGGGGAGCCUCGACUUCGAGACGUACGGCUUCACGAAGGCGGACCUCGACAAGGUCUACGACUGCCGCGUCGAAGGCAUGUGCGGCUUUCUGUCUCCAGAGCUUCCGCCCCGUCCCCUCCACCAAAUCAUCAAGCGUCUCGAGGAGGCAUACUGCGGCUCGAUCGGCGUCGAGUACAUGCACAUUGGCGAUCGAAACGUGUGCAACUUCAUUCGGCAGUGGAUCGAGACCCCGACAAAGUACGUCUUCAGCCCGGAGAUGAAGAAGAAGAUCUUGGCGCGAACGGCGCGGUCGCAGAUGUUUGAGAACUUCUGCGGCCAAAAGUUCAGCACCAGCAAGCGGUUCGGCCUCGACGGAUGCGAGACGAUGAUCGUCGCGAUGAAAGCCAUCACGAAGAAGGCUGCUCGCGAAGGCGUGAACAGCGUCGUCAUCGGCAUGCCGCACCGCGGGCGCCUGAACGUCCUCGUGAACGUUCUCCACAAACCGAUGCAGCAGCUGCUCUCGGAAUUCCUCGGCGUUACCUCGUACUCCUCCGCGGAGUGGGGCAACUCUGGAGACGUCAAGUACCAUCUCGGCGUCGAAUUUGACCACUUCGACGCAGAUGCGCAGCGCUACAUCCACAUGGGCGUCCUCGCGAAUCCGUCGCACUUGGAGGCGGUAGACCCUCUCGUGAUUGGCCAGGCGCGAGCGCAGCAGUACUACUCGGAGGACGAAGACGGGACGAAGGUGUUACCGGUGAUCCUGCACGGGGACGCCUCGCUCGCCGGACAGGGCGUCGUUUACGAGACCUUGCAAAUGUCUCAGUUGCCCAACUACCGCGUCGGAGGCACGAUCCACAUCGUCGUGAACAACCAGAUCGGAUUCACCACCAACCCCGUCGACUCGGGAAGCGGACGCUACUGCACAGACAUCGCCAAGGCGCUCGACGCUCCCGUGUUCCACGUCAACGCAGACGACCCCGAGGCCGUGACGUUUGUCAGUGAGCUCGCCCUCGAGUACCGCCAGCGCUUCAAAGGCGACGUCUUCAUCGACCUCGUCGGCUACAGACGCCUGGGCCACAACGAACUGGACAUGCCGAAAUUCACACAACCUCGCAUGUACACCUUGAUCGCGAAGAAAAAGACCGUCUUCGACAUCUACGCCGAAAAACUCGUCAAGGAGGACGUUGUCAAUGAAGCGGACCUGCAACAGCUGAAACAGAACAUCCUCGCUUUCUACAACGCCGAGUAUGAAAAGUGCAGAGACUUCCUCCCCAGUCAGCAGUAUGAAUACUCGCCUCAGUGGAAGCAUCUCGUCCGCCCAGACGUCCCUGCCGCGCCGCAGCUGACUGGUGUCCCGUUGGAUCGUCUGCGGGAGCUCGGGACGAAAAUCUUCACUCUUCCGCCUGACUUCAACGUCCACCCGACUGUGGGUAAGAUUUACAAGGAACGCCUCAACGCCAUUCAAGCCGCUCCGGACGAGAAUUUAAUCGACUUCGGGACUGCCGAGAACCUCUGCUACGCUUCCCUUCUGUCGGACGGAUUCCACGUGCGCAUUGCUGGUCAAGAUGUGCAGAGAGGCACUUUCUCGCAUCGCCACGCAGUGCUUCACGACCAAACAACAUUCGAGCCGUACUCGAUCUUUGACGCCUUGAAGUGCUACGGUUUCCCCCACAAAAUCCAAACGGUCAAUUCCCCUCUCUCCGAAUAUGCAGCGAUGGGCUACGAGCUCGGCUACUCGCUGGAACAUCCCGACUCGCUGUGCAUCUGGGAGGCACAGUUUGGCGACUUUGCGAACGGCGCGCAAAUCAUCAUUGACCAGUUCAUUGCCAGCGGCGAGGUCAAGUGGAACAAACAAACCGGGAUUGUCGUCAUGCUCCCUCACGGCUACGACGGCCAAGGUCCGGAACACUCGUCAGGGCGCAUUGAGCGAAUCCUUCAACUCUGCGACGACCGCGAGGACGUGAUUCACCAGGAAAACUGGGAACUCGAAAAGUCGAGCAUCAUUCAACAACACAAUCUCCAGGUGAUUAUGCCCAGCACGCCGGCCAACACUUUCCACGCGCUCCGUCGCCAAGUUCACCGUGAAUUCAGAAAGCCCCUGAUCAUCUUUUCCCCCAAGAGAAUGCUGAAAAUGCGUGCAGCGAUGUGCACGCUCAACCAACUCAAUGAGGGCACUCGCUUCAGAAGGUACAUCCCCGACAAAAUUGCCGAGCCAGAGAAGGUGACGCGCCUAAUUGCAUGCAGCGGCCAGGUCUACUACGACCUGAUCGCCGGCAAAGACAAAAUGAAGAACGGCGCCCAAAACGGAGACUCGCCAGGAGACAAGAUCGCGAUUGCGCGAAUGGAGCAACUGUCACCCUUCCCAUUCGAUCUCUUUAUCGAGGACUUGAAACGCUUUCCGAACCUCCAGUCGGUCGUCUGGGCGCAAGAAGAGCCGAUGAAUCAAGGUGCGUGGUUCUACACGUCGAAGCGCAUUGAGUCUUCGCUGCGGCAUCUGAAAUAUCCGAACGGCAUUCGUUCGCCGAUUUACGCGGGCCGCGACGUCUGCGCCGCGACUGCGGUCGGCGACAAGAAACUCCACGACAAAGAGUUAGCGCAACUCCUACAAGACGCUCUCGACGUGAACCGUACCACUCACUCGUACUUGGAGAAGUAUCUGCACAAACAGGAAAACACGCACAAAUAA